GUCACAUACCACUACUGUAGACACUCAACGUGAGUCGUGGAAUAUACGAGAGAUGUGCCGGAGCGAAUUACGUCGCGGGAAGUUGCACGACCUUGCAUGGCUUCGAAAAUCUACGCAAACACGAAAAACGCGCUAAGACGCGUUAUUCGGCCAACAGGACUGGCCUUCAUGACACGUCAUGGGUAUUCCCGAGCUCUGGGACGUCAUCCGGGAAUAUGGAGAAGUCAUACCUCUGGCUCAGCUUGCGGAAGAGCAUUACAAGCAACAUGGCAGAUCCCUUAGGAUCGCUGUGGACGAGGCUGAUUGGCGAUUCAACAAUUUAACCCGAGAGCAGGUCUACGCUAUCCGUGACAGUUCCGGAGAGCAAGCCUUCCAAGGCAUCGAAAAAGCCAUGUUCUGGCGCAUCUGCAAAUGGCUUACUCAUAGCAUCCAAUUGAUCGUCGUGUUCGAUGGCCCUGGAAUUCCUUGGAAACGUGGUAAAAGAGGCGGAGGCAAAAUUGACUACCGAAAACGCGAUCUGUUAAAAGAAGUGCUACACUGCUUUGGCAUACCAUACCAAGAAGCGCCUGGUGAAGCGGAAGCCGAGUGUGCUCGCUUGCAAGUACUGGGCAUUGUCGAUGCUGUAUGGUCCCAGGACUCGGACUGUCUCAUGUUCGGUUGCAACUUCUGGAUUCACGAUGAUCGAGUUGCCAGACAGCCAGGAAACAAGGAUCGUAGUAAAGAGAACACAAAGAAGAGCGACAAGAAUGUUCGCAUCGUUCGAGCCAAAGGUAUGAAGGACAAGCUGAACUUGGAUCGUGAGGGUUUCGUGCUGUUUGCCAUGCUGGCUGGUGGCGACUACAAUACAGUUGGUCUGCGUGGAUGCGGUACAGCAACCGCUCUGAGCGCUGCAAAAGAAGGUACGCUCGCACACUCCCUGUGCUUAUGCCGCAAUCAGAGGGACUGUGCGGAAUGGAGUUACCACUUGGCCGAUUUUUUGCAGACCAAGCCACACAUACGGACCCUACAGAUACUCACCAACUUCCCAGAUCACAAGAUCUUGCAGAAGUACUACAGGCCCAAAGUCACAAGUGAUGAGCUCAUGAUUGCGAUGAAACGGCUCGAUCUGACAAAUCCGCGCCCUUUACAUGAGCAGAAACUGCUUGAGGUCACCAGCAAACGUUUCAACAUUUGGGGCAGAUUGUACAUGAACUGGGUGGGGCCAGUUUUGCUCACGCGGUCAUUGUUGCUAAAGAAUUCUUCACAAUCGGAGACAGGAGACGUUGUGCAUGGCAUCACGCUUACAAAGCAGCGCGCAAGCACAAGCGAGGAAGUCAUGGCAUUACGUUCUUUAGAGCGUAAAAUUACACUCCCCCUUUGGCCUGACUGCCCUGCGGAGGGACGAUCUCGAGGGUGGGGAUCGCGAAGGCAUGUGGGAUGGCAAAGUAGGUGUGCCCUUCGACCCCACUUACCGUGUCGAGUGCGAUUAUUUUCCGGCUUUCGUGCUUCGUCAGGCCCUUCCGACAAAUGUUUUCGAUCCGCCUCCACCUGCACAAAAGCCGAAAGCUGUGAAGCGCAAAGCGCCUCCGGAGGUCGAUACUAUUGGUAAGAUGCUAAUCUCACCUGCAAAGAAGAAACAGAAGCCCUGCAAGAGCGGACAGGUAGAAGCCAGGAACCAGCCAUCAUUGGGGCGUGAGCCGCAUUCGGCUUCAAUUGACAAAUCAACAGCGAAUGGGAAGCACAAAGACACAGCAGUCCGCUCAAAGCAUCUACAAGCAUAUGCCCAUCAGCAAGUACACGCCGAGCCUCGCAAAGUCAUCGAUUUAUCAGAGUUGGACGAUGGACUGGUCCUGCGCCUCCCCCCAGUACGGAAGUCUAAACGC